GCUCAGACGCGCUCAUCGGGGAGACUUGGAUGUAGUUGUUCUGCAGACACACGCGGGGGAACGCACGCGCGCGUCACCUGCUCUUUGGCUUUUUAGGGAUUUACUGCUGCACGUUUCUAGUGUUUAUGGUAAUAUGCAAUGCUUGAUGAUUGAGUCCAGUUUGGGCCACUUCUGCAAAGGAAAGACGGGACUUUCCCUCUGGUCUCGGAGUUAAUCGCAGAUGUAAUCAUUAGUCGGCGUUGAUUGCCUCUCACCUCCUCCUAUUAACAAUGAUCGCCGAAGGUCGCGUGCCUGUGCGACGCACUCAUUUCGGUCAUGUGCGUCUGUUCUUUUGCAACCGUGACUUGAUUCACAGAUAACUUUGACAUCUCGAGUGAGUAAACCGAGGCCGCAGUGAUGGUAAUAACUCGUGCGUUCUGACCAGCAGAGUAGUUUCAGUCCACUUCACAGGCGAGACAAACCGGACUAUGACUUGGUCAAAACUUUGGCGCGCGCUCCCGCGGACGACCCAGUGAGAGGCGUCCGAUCACUCCGUUAAACCGAGCCCCCGCGGAGGAUGAUAGAAAGCCCGUCGAACAACGGCGGCGUCAGAAUGCUCGCGCCACCGACUUCCAGCGACGACAGGCGGGUCGAGUUCGUGGCUCUCACCGCCGUCCACACGGAGAGGAGCGAACCGUCCAGCCCGGAGCGCGGACACCCGUCGAACCGCACCGGUCUGCUGGGGACCCCGCUGCCCGGGCCGCCCGGGCCCCGGGCCAACACGUCCGCCUCCAACAAGCGCUACCGAAAGUUGCAAAACUGCCUGUACAACGUGCUGGAGAGACCGAGGGGAUGGGCGUUCAUCUACCACGCGUUCAUUUUUCUGCUGGUGUUCAGCUGCUUGGUGUUGUCUGUGUUCUCCACCAUCCCCGACCACCAGAAGUUUGCCAACCAAGGCCUCUUCAUCCUGGAGUUUGUGAUGAUCGUGGUGUUUGGGUUGGAGUACUUCAUCAGGAUCUGGGCGGCUGGCUGUUGCUGCAGAUACCGUGGAUGGCAGGGACGGCUGAGAUUUGCCAGGAAGCCCUUCUGUGUCAUAGACUUCAUAGUGUUCGUGGCAUCGCUGGCGGUGAUAGCGGCCGGGACGCAGGGCAACAUCUUCGCCACGUCGGCCCUGCGCAGCAUGCGCUUCCUGCAGAUCUUGCGCAUGGUUCGUAUGGACCGUCGCGGAGGCACCUGGAAACUACUGGGCUCAGUGGUUUACGCCCACAGCAAGGAGUUGAUUACCGCCUGGUACAUCGGUUUCCUGGUCCUGAUCUUUGCCUCCUUUCUGGUGUACCUGGCUGAGAAAGACAUCAACUCAGACUUCAACACCUACGCAGACUCCCUCUGGUGGGGGACGAUUACUCUCACAACCAUCGGCUACGGCGACAAGACGCCUCGUACUUGGCAGGGACGGCUCCUCGCCGCCGGCUUCGCUCUGCUGGGAGUCUCCUUCUUUGCCCUGCCUGCUGGAAUUCUGGGGUCAGGCUUUGCCUUGAAGGUUCAAGAGCAGCAUCGACAGAAGCACUUUGAGAAGAGGAGGAUGCCAGCGGCCAACCUGAUACAGGCCGCAUGGCGUCUCUACUCUACGGAUGCCAAACACUCCUAUUUGACAGCUACAUGGUACUUCUAUGACAGCAUGUUGCCUUCCUUCAGAGAACUGACGCUCCUGUUCAGUCACCUCCAGCGACAGCGUAACACCAAGAAGGUCCUCCCCAACUCCUACCACACGCUGCUGUCUGGGCUGCGGCCCUACAGCCUCCCCUACUUGUCAGGGGACAGUCAACUCCUUUCUAAAAAACGGGGUUUCUUCCGGAUUCACGCUGGCCGCAAGCAGAGCAGUAAAAUGGGCUUCCGGGAUCGGAUCAGGAUGAACAAUUCCCGAUCCUCCCAAACCAUCAGGAGCAAAGGGUCACCGCUGCCCACGAGCUCCGGGGUCCGGGGCUCUCCCAGCCAGGAGAACGUCCCCGAGGCCAUCAGCCCGGGGAAGGUCCAGAAGAGCUGGAGCUUCAACGACCGCACGCGCUUUCGCACCUCCCUUCGCCUCAAAACGCGCCCUCCUGUCGACGUGGAGGGGGUCGGGGAGGACAGUGUGGAAGACAAACCGUUUUGUGAUGUGUCCAUGGAGGAGGUAAUCCCAGCAGUGAAGACACUCAUUCGGGCUGUGAGGAUCCUGAAGUUCCUUGUGGCCAAGAGGAAGUUCAAGGAGACGCUGCGUCCGUACGAUGUGAAGGACGUCAUAGAGCAGUACUCGGCUGGCCACCUGGACAUGCUGGGCCGCAUCAAGAGCCUGCAGAUGCGGGUGGAUCAGAUAAUUGGGCGAGGAGCCGUUCAGCCCGAUAAGAAAGCGCGUACUGAAAAGGGAGAGAAAACGCCUCCAGAACUGGACCCACUGGAUGAGCUGAGCAUGAUGGGCCGCGUUGUUAAGGUGGAGAAACAGGUACAGUCCAUAGAGAACAAGUUGGACCUCCUGCUCAGCUUCUACUCCCAGUGCCUGAAGAAAGGCUCGUCCCACUUCACCCUGUCGUCCCUCCUGGACCCCGACCUGACAUCUGACUACCACAGCCCCACGGACCAAAGAGACCUCUUCCCCUCCGCCAACACGCUCAACAUCUCUGAGAGCGGCAACUUGGAGUGACAGUGAGACACCAGACCCUUUACAGUACGUCUUCCUGGCAUCAACCCUUUCAUAUCCGUCCGGGAUCGUUGUUACCUUUCCAUCUCAAAUCUUUCACCCCCGAACCUUGUUCCCGAGAGCGGAUGUGUUCCCAGAGCUGAUGCAAACAGAGGCCACCAGGGGGCUCCACCUGUCAAGGAGCCUCAGCCAAAGCUGCUCCCCCCGAACACACCUCUCACUAGAUGAGGAGGACGAUGCAAAGAGACGGCACAUGACUUGACUACUGAACCACCUUCACUUUCCUCUCCUUCGUCAACUGUAGAUAAUCAGACUUUAGGCUUUGACGUUUUCUAAAUCUUUGGGGAAAUCUUGUCCCCCCCCCCCCCCCCCCCACACUUUGUCAUUUAGUAUUUUUUCUUGGCUGCUUGAAUGAAAUGAAUGAGUCUGCUGACUCAGUUGUCAUAAACAGUGCUGCAAGUGCCACGCCAGUCAUCCGUCCACCUUAGGAUGACUCUGAUGAAUGUAAUCGGUCCCUCCUGCAAACACCCCCCUCGCCCCCCCCCCCACCAGAUAAACGGUUAUGCAUCAGACGGAGCCGUAGACUCGGAGGCGAUCUGCUCGGCGGGAAGAAUGGGUUUGACACCAUGCUUUGAUCGCUCCAAAUGGUGAUGUGAUACCUGAGCUGGAAGAAUGCGUCGGAGUGACUGAUGUGGAGUGCACGUGGUUGUGUGUCACUAUCUCCAUCCCCUCGCACAGAAGUUCCUUCUCCAAUGAGCCCACUUGCAAAAAUACCCCCAAAGACAUUAUCUACCAUAGCUAGUAAGGGAGGCCUGUGCUUAUUUAGGAUUUGAUGGAGCUUUUCGCAGGUCCAAAAUCCCACGAAAUGCUAAAAUAGUGUUUUUUAACAUGCCCACUUUAAACCUCUCUGUCUUGCAGCCCACUCCCCAGAUAUGCAUGUUACGUUAGAUAAAACCUCAUGGCUUCCCAAUUUAGUUUGGUUCCAUUCACGUCACAUUUUUUUGCACUCGCUCCUCGUCAAUCACUUCUAACCUCGGGUCAGGUUUUCCAUGUCAGCUGGUCUCCCUCACGAUAGCCCUCCCUCUGUGAUCACGCAGCAGCUCUGGACUUGAUGUAGAAACUCUUAGGUGUAAGGUGUCUGGAUCUAACCAUGAACCCCAGGCCGUUGUCCUCAUGCUCCCGCCUCACAGCUCCACUAUUAUAAGAGGGUGCAAGCUUGACACCCACGGGUGUCACGGACUGUCGUUGCCAGCCUCUCUUCUGUUUGUUCUGGUUCUUUGUUGGAGGUGUUUAAAGCACAGUUAACGCUCUGCGCUUAUGGACAAAACUGGACUGUGCACAAAUGCACACACAUACACACAUUCACAAUGAAAGAAAUUCCUUUACUUAAACACUUUGGCACUUGAUGAAAAUGUUCCUUUUGUUUUGAUUUUAAUUACUGUAAUUAUGUUAAACACUCCAUAUUUUGUAAACUAUAAUGGCAGAAAGCUGUUUUUUUGGUUCUUAAAGUGAAUGUAGGAUUUUUGUUAAUAUAUUUCAUUCAGUUAUAUUGAUUAACACAUCAAAUCAUGGAUGACACAACUGUAUCUACACACAGCUGAUCAGGUUCAAGCUCACCACUCAUCACUAUUUUUCCCAUCAUCAGAUAAUUGAUGCCAGCUUUUCACAAGUAAGAGCAGUCCUUUUUUUUUUUUUUUUUAGAAGUGAUUCAUUUAUAUGUUCCAGUCCGACCAGUUGACUCAGGUGCUCCAUUUUCCAGUGAAUGUACUUACUUGGUUGAUCUCCUUAGAUCUAUUCAUGCAACGGGGAAUCCAAUGGAACAUCAUUCUUUGCAUUCAUUUAAUUUAUUCUUUAGCCUGAACUAUAGCAAACUCAAUAGAGGCAUUAUUAGACUGACCAGGGCUGUCACUUUAUUGUCACCUGGAAUGUUGAGCUUCAUGAAACUAUGAGACCACUGAAUUGCAUGUUAGUGGUGGCCCCAGUAUUAGAAGAAAAGAUAGAGAUAAGAGGAAAUGACCUGUGCCUUCUAUGUCCUUGUUCUGUAGCUCUGUAACAUGGUGCAGCUUCCUGUCUCAUACUGAAAAGAAGCGUUUCAUAGGAGUUUCACACAAGAACCGCCGUGCUCCUGUUUUCCCCAAACGUCGCUCUAUCUAAAGAAAGAUCAUCAUUGAUUUGAUCAUGACGUAAUUGUUGUUGGAAUUAGUCUUUCAUGACUGCUGCAACUUUUGAUAUUUUCUGGGAAUUUGACCGUACGUCCGGCACAUCAUUGUCGCACUGAGGCCCUUACAGCAUUGGUCACAGGGAACUCUGCAGGCAUGCGUCCUUUCAUAAGCAUGUCACAUAGAGAAAGAAGUAAGGCUUCCACACAACUACCUCUGAGGCCACUAGGGGGCGCUAGUCUAGAAAACCCAGUAUGACAAACAGUAACUGAAUGUCUAACUGACUAAAUGCUAUGCAUGACUCAAUCUGCACGUUGUCUCUGUCACGCUGUUCCUUCUUCAUGACGCCCUUCCAUCCAUCAUUCACGGACUUGCUGCCAUUUGACAUUCCAGCUCGUUGACCUUUAACUGCUUUUAGGUAUUGGAACUGUUGUAUAAUGAAACUGAUCAAAGCAAUAAGAAAAAUGCUAAAGCCAACAAAGUCUUCCAAUCGAUGUAGCUACUGGUUGAUGAAAUAUGGCGCAUAUGUUAUUUUCUAAUCAAAUGGACACCUCAAUUUGAUCUUUUAAAGAGAAACAAAAAUGAGUAUCUACUGAGGAUAAUAUUAGCUCACCUGACUAACUUAUUAAUUUAUUUGUUUGAAUAAAGUUCUUUGGACUGUACAUUGACUUUGGUCUCUUCUUGUCAGUGAAUAAAGAGCCUGUUUUCACAGAAGCCGUUUGACAUGUCUUUGCGUUCCCGGGGUGGCUGCGAGACACAAAUAGAUGAUCAAUAACACCCGUUAACCCCGCUACGACGUGUCAAUCCAUAUGUCGGACCAUUGUGUCAAAAUUGUGAUAUGAUUAAAAACAUUCUA